AUGGCACCCACAAGACCAAGGCCGCUCAGAUCGCCCAAACAACUACUACAAGAUGCCAUCGCAAAGCUCGAGCAGGGCGACGCUCUAGCAGCUGCGGCGCUCGCCAAGGAUGCCCUCACAGCCACUGGUGAGGACGGUGACAGAGCAGGUGCGGCAUGUGCGCUCCUCGGUGAAAUCUACGUCGAGCUCGGCGAGAUUGAAAAGGCCCGCAGCUUCUUCCUGCGCGCGGCCGAGGUAGACAAGGAGGGCACGCUGCCCGAGGAGCUGGGCGGCGGGCCGGAGAAGUUCCUGUGGCUAGCCCAAUUGUCCGAGGACGGCGGGCAAGACUCGGUGUCGUGGUUCGAGAGGGGCACGGCGGCGCUGCGGCACCAGAUCCAGGCGGCGACGGAGGCGCUCGCGGAGACGAGGCGCAAGGGCGGGCCGAAGUCGGUUGAGGAGGCGCUGGGCGCGCGCGAGGACGAGAAGAAGCGCAAGCUGGCGGAGACACUGUGCGCCGUCGCCGAGGUGUACAUGACGGACCUGAGCUGGGAGGCCGACGCCGAGGCGCGCUGCGAGGCGCUCGUCACCGAGGCGACAAUGGUGGCGCCCGAGCUGCCCGAUGCGUGGCAGACCGUCGCCAAUGUGCGCAUCAGCCAGACCAAGGUGGACGAAGCAAAGGCCGCGCUGGAGCGCAGUCUGGCGCUAUGGGAGGACCUUCCGCCUGAGCACCCUAGCGUACCGGCGUUUGCGACCAGGGUGGGACUGGUGAGAUUGCUGCUCGAGGUGGAGGACGAGGAUAAGGCUAUCGAGGUCGUCGAGAGGCUGCUUGCUGAGGACGACGAGAGUGUUGAGGCGUGGUAUCUUGGCGGUCUGGGUCUAUUCACGACAGGCGAGAAGGCGAAAGCGAAGGACGUCGGCGACAAAUGGAAGAGCCAUUGGAGAGCGGCGAGACAGUCACUAAAUCAAUGCCUGCGCCUGUUUCAACUCCAAGAAUACGAGGAUGACAGGCUAGGAGAUCAUGCGAAGGAGCUUCUCGAGUCCAUUGCAAAAGAGCUGGGUCCGGCACCUGCUGAUGGAGAAGAAGAUGAUGAUGGUUGGGAAGACACAGAUGGAGAUGAGGAUGAUGAGGACGAAGAUAUGGAAGACUGA